CCAGACUGAGGGCAACUGAACUGACUCUUUAUCAGCUCAUGGAAAUAUUAUAAAAAAAUCGACAAAAGCAAAGUAGGUCUUCAUCAGUCCCACGAACAAAGUCCUUCCCCGGAUCAGUCUUCCCCGGGUUGGAACCAACCUUGCCUCGUUACGACAGCAACAUGUCGCACGCCAUAAUGGAUCCGGCGAACAUCGAGAACUGCAGUGGACUCUAUUGCCCACACACAGUCGGUCUCACCUUUUUGUAAGGAACCGAGGCUCAAGUUGACAGAACCCGUCAUCAGACCAAACCUCUUUCCCUUCACGUAAUAGACAUCAGCCAUCCAGUGACCGAAGUGAUCCUCUGUCAUCCGGUCGGUCAUUCAUGCUGAAAGUGGUUAAAAUGGAAUCCAAAAACUAAAAGGUUUCCCGAGAAAGAUACAUGGGUAGUAAACGGGUGUUCAUUAAAAAAAAAAAAAGGAAAGAAAAGCUGAACCCAACAUUUAUGCAAUUUCUCACAUUGAGAUCGAGAUACGUCCUCGAGCAGCAGAAGUUUUAACGCGCCCGGUCUGCCAUCUGUAUCUGAUAACCAUUAACCCUCCAAAAGACUGAUUUCCGCUAACCCCUCCAACCAAUCCAUAACAAAUAAUCGAUAAAACUCUUACCCCUCUUUAGUCUCUUUUCCAAGCGAAUCCCGCAUUUUUUUUUCUUAAUUAAUAUAGUUAUAUCAUCCGGUAAUUGGGUGUUCAAGAAAAGUGGUGGUUAGGGUUUGUGAGAGUAUUGGUGAUGUGAGAAAGAGAGAGAAACAGUGAGGAAGAGGUAGAGAGAGAUAUGGUUCGGGACGGAGAGGUGGUACAGGUGGACCCUGGUGUGGAGGUGGUGGCGAAGAAGAAGACCCAGACGGUGGCUCGGAGCUGGAUACUGAUGGACUGCACGGGGGAAGGGGAGGUCCUGGAUGUGGACAAGUACGCCAUCAUGCACCGCGUCCACAUCCACGCCCGCGAUCUCCGCAUCCUUGACCCCUUGUUGUCCUACCCCUCUACCAUCCUUGGCCGUGAAAAGGCCAUCGUUCUCAACUUGGAGCAUAUCAAGGCAAUUAUCACUGCCGAAGAGGUUUCUCUCUCUCUCUCUUUCUCUCCAGUAAACACGGUACUGCUUCGGGAUCCAACCGAUGAAAAUGUAAUCCCUGUUGUUGAGGAACUUCAUAGGCGCUUGCCUCCUGUCAAUGUCAUUCGCCAAGGUCAAGUCAACAUAAAAGAGUACCCGGGGGGGCAAAAUGACAUGGAAGCCAGUGUAGAAGAUGAGUCCCCUUUUGAAUUCCGGGCCCUGGAGGUAGCUUUGGAGGCUAUUUGUAGUUUCCUUGCUGCACGUACAACGGAAUUGGAGAGUGCUGCUUAUCCUGCACUUGACGAUCUUACCUCUAAGAUUAGUAGUCGUAACUUGGACAGGGUUCGUAAAUUGAAGAGUGCAAUGACGAGGUUGACAGCUCGGGUCCAAAAGGUUAGAGAUGAACUUGAACAACUACUUGAUGAUGAUGAUGACAUGGCUGACCUUUACUUGUCAAGAAAGUUGGCUGGUGCAUCUUCACCAGUUAGUGGCUCUGGCGCUGCCAAUUGGUUUUCUGCCUCUCCUACCAUAGGCUCAAAGAUAUCCAGAGCAAGUAGAGCAAGUGUGGCUACACUUUUUGUAGAUGAGAACGAUGUUGAGGAGCUUGAAAUGUUACUGGAGGCUUACUUCAUGCAAAUUGAUGGCACAUUCAACAGAUUAACCACUCUGCGAGAAUACAUUGAUGAUACAGAAGAUUACAUCAACAUUCAGCUUGACAAUCAUCGAAAUCAGCUGAUUCAGUUGGAGCUCUUUCUAAGUUCUGGAACUGUUUGUGUAUCCAUCUUUUCUUUGGUGACCGCAAUAUUUGGCAUGAAUAUCCCGUAUACUUGGAAUGAUAACCAUGGAUUCAUGUUUAAAUGGGUAUGCUUGCAAUAUCUGCUGGUAAAUUUGGCUGUAGGUUUCUGCACAAAAUUCUGUAAAAAAAUAUUGGAUGAUUUCCUCGUUUGUGUUGGCAGGUGGUCAUUGCCACAGGAAUUAGUUGUACUCUUCUGUUUCUACUGAUUGUUUAUCAUGCUCACCGCAAGGGAUUGAUUGGUUCUUGAAUUCAAACCAACACAUCAAGUAUUCCUGCUGUAAAGGAGUCUUGAGCUUGAACACCAUGACUCUCUUAUCAUAUGCAGUAUCCUGAACUAAUUGCUCUGUCACUCGGGAACUUUCAACCAAGAUCGCUCGCCUGUGGCAGCAGUGUUUUAAUGCCCAGGAAGCGUGGCGAGUUCACUAAAUUAUCAACAAUCUAAUUUAUUGGUUUUAGGAACCAACUCAUAUAAGUGUAAAAACAGUCGCCAGAAUAAUUUAUUGUUUCAGUUUUGAUUCACAAUUCUUCUUAUUGUUCUUUAUAGGUAAUCAAUAUUUGGUUGAAACGUUGGUUAUAAGAUGAAUAUUUACACAUACUUGGGAAAGAAUGACAAUUUGACUAUGACCCAUCAAUUGGUUGAGGAAUGUUAUGGUUAUUCACUCUUUA